GAAAGCGCCACAAAAGUUCAUCGCAAAAGCAAAAGGAGGCGUCGAGCAGCGGAGGGACUGUGCCUGUGCACCUCGACUGUAUAAGCGCUCCCCCCGAAGCCCACCACCUUCUCCGUCUCCUCCGCUUCUCCCCCAUCUUCACCAAAGCCAAACCCUAACAGCCCACGGCCCGCGGCGAGGAGGGGGGCUUAAACCCUAAGCCUCGAGGCCGAGCGCCAUGAAGACGCUGUGCUCGAAGCCCGGCAAGGGCGGCAAGAUCCACCCGUCGCCGUCUGGCGCCGGCGGCUGGGGCGACGACCCCGUCGCCGCGGCGUUCCGGCUCCUCCCGGCCGCCAUGCUUGUCGUGGCCACCGCGCUCCGCCCCGAGGACCAGGAGGUGCUGGCCCACCUCGUCAUCCGGAAGCCCCUCCAGGGCGGGGACGACGCGGCCGCGGUGCCACCUUCGGAGCAGCCGGCGCGCGGUGUGGGGCGACGCCACCGGGGCCACCCGCCGACCAUCGGGUGCGGGUGCUUCGAGUGCUACAUCACCUUCUGGUCGCGGUGGGACUGCUCCCCGCAGUGCGACGGCAUCCACGCCGCGCUCGAUGCCUUUGAGGAGCACCUCUUCGCCGCCGAGGCCGCCGCCACCCCGCCGCCCUCAUCCAAGCGCCGCGACAAGGGCAAGCGCAGUCGGGUUCCUGCUAUUCCCCCACCUCCCCCUCCGCCGCAGCCGCCGAUGCCAUUGCGCCGCCCCAAGUCCCUGGAGCCCCAGGCCGUGGAGGUUGUCCAGGAGCUCUCGUCCCCACUCGCGCCCUCUUGCCCUCCCCCGCCGCCCCUGGGUCUCGCAGCGUACAUCCCAGAAGAGAAGGAUAAGGCCCCGCAACCUUCCGCGGAGGCCGAAGUGGGGGAACGCGAGUCGACGGCGGAGGAGAGGAAGCGUGGGUGGGUGGACGUGAUGGGCGGGGUGCUUGGCCUGCGGCUGUGGGGGAUUUGGAGCCCGGUCGUGGAGAGCGCCACCUAGGAGACGCCCAAGGGGCAGUCCUGUGAUUUCCAGGUCUCUUUUAGGGUUCUUUUGGAAAUCGAUCAGUGAUAAGAAGCGCUUGUAGUUUCCUCCUUCCUCCCUUGGGGAUAUGGAAAUGGAAAUGGAAAUUUACAAGCGUUGGUAGCUCAAGUAGUAGUAAGGAUAAUCAGUGGUGAUGGUAAUGGUGUUGGCAUGCAACCGGAACAAGAAGAAGCGCUACAUCACAAUGGUGUUUGGUGUGAAUUGAGGUCUUGUCUGCCAUGGAA